ACGUGGCUCGCCCCAAUGUGGACACCGUGUAUGGAGGAGGCAGAAGCACGUUUCCCCGUCUCGCCCCCCUCUCCUUUCCCCCCCUUACCACCCAUCCGUGGCUCUCCCCAAUGUGGACACGGUACGUGGCGCUCCCCAAUGUGGACACGGUGUAUGGGGGAGCCUUCCUCUACCUGCGAGACCAGCCCAUAGUGUUGAAGACCCCCUACAUGGGCCAGGGGCGUUACUACAGCUUUUGUUUUUUCUCCGUUUCCCUUCCCCAUCUUCCCCACUCUUUCCUCCACACCCCUUCCGUCCGUCCCCCACCAAUGGCGUGCUUUUGCUACUGCGGAUGGUGGUGCAAAUCUUCCCGCAUCUCUUCCCCACCCUUCUCUCCUUCCCCACUAUUCCUUCCCUCCCCCUUCCCUUCCAUCUCCCGACCACAGUCACCCACCAACGAUGCACUCCUGCUGAUGCGAGUGGUCGUGUCUGCAAACGUCACCAACGACAUAGCUACAGUGCUCGACCCUCCCCAAUCCGCCCCUCCCCAAUCCGCCCCUCCCCAAUUCGCCCUUCCCCAGCUCCAACCUCUCCGAGGCCCUCCAGUCCCCGUGCCAGCUCCCCCCGCGCCGGUCCCCCCCGCGCCGGUCACCCCCACGUCUGCUUCCCCCGCGCCGGUUCCCUUCGCGCCGGUCCCCCCCCCGGCGGUGCCCCCCAGGAGCGGCCCCAUAACGGGGUCGUCCUGGCGGCGGUCGAGCGGAACGAGCGGGGAGGCGCAGAAGGUGUCGACGAAGGAGAGCGCGCGGUAG